AUGAAGUUCGUUGUCGCUGUAUUUGCUGUACUCUCAGUGACACAAGCAUUUGUUCCGCUAUCAGGCGUGCGUCCAGCAAUUGGAUCCAGUCGGGAUUUCCUUCUAAAGGCGUCUGAUGGAGAUGAGAGUCCAAAGCCACCAAAGUGGUCUCGCAUCGAAGGAAACCAAUUGGAGCCGACCGCAAAGGACUUUGAAAUUAUGGAUGAGAUGAUCACAAAACUUGCCAACGCAGCGCCCUAUGAGCUACCAAAUGCUGUCAGAAGAGCCUUUCGAGUCAUUUCUAGUCCCAAGUUCUUCAUGCGCAUUGCUGAACGAACAGAUGCCACCGAGGAUCCAGUUGAAAAAGCAAAGCUUGGAAGUCUAGCUUCCAACUUGGUUUCAACACUUGAGGUCGUUGUCGAAACAACUGAAGAGACGCUAGAUGAACGUGCCAGGGAGGUAGAGGCUGUUCUCAAGGCAGCAGCUGAACCAGAAACGGGCGAAUUUCUCGUACCUCUUCUCCCAACACAAGUUCAAGGAAUGAGAAAGACAUUGGAAGCUUUGGAACCUUCCUCAUUGGAUGAAGGCUUCUUGUCAACAGUAGACGCAUGGAUGAACAAGAGUCACCAAGAUGGAAUGGACGGUAUGGUCGGAAUUUUGCAAAAGGUUCUUCAAAUGUACAGUGGCAUACAAAUUAAGAGAGCAAAAGAGAACAUGGAAAGCGCUGAAUCAACACCUGCUUCUGAGCUAUUUGAGAAACUACUGCAGACGGAUACCGAGCUUUGGGAUGUUGAAAUCAGAAACGGAACAAAAGAAAUUAAGUGUUCACCCCUCGUCAGAGAGAUCCAGAAGACAAUGGAGAGUGUCGUUCUUGGCCUGGAGAAUGGAUCUAUGGCGCAAAGGGUCCAAGCAGAGUACCUUCGCGAGUUGAUCACGAGAGUUGAAGCCAUUCAACAAAAAGAGUAA